GAAAUGGCUCGUACCAAGCAAACGGCUCGUAAAUCCACCGGAGGAAAGGCGCCCAGGAAGCAGCUGGCUACCAAAGCGGCCAGGAAAAGCGCGCCGUCUACUGGUGGAGUGAAGAAACCCCACAGAUACAGGCCUGGUACCGUUGCUCUGCGUGAGAUCCGUCGGUACCAGAAGUCUACUGAGCUGCUCAUCAGGAAGCUGCCUUUCCAGCGUCUUGUCAGAGAAAUCGCUCAGGAUUUCAAGACAGAUCUGCGUUUCCAGAGUGCGGCGAUUGGUGCUCUCCAGGAGGCCAGUGAGGCGUACUUGGUUGGAUUGUUUGAGGAUACCAACCUGUGUGCCAUCCACGCAAAGAGGGUCACAAUCAUGCCCAAGGACAUCCAGCUGGCCCGGCGAAUCAGAGGAGAGCGAGCAUAA